AUGGGCGACUCAAGUAUCACCACUACAACUCAGUCCAGCCCUUUUACGCUGGCCUUGGACUGCAGUAGGCCCAAUUUGCUCGGACACGGACGCCAUGCUGAGGUCUACAAGGCCCUGAUCCAUCCGUCCUCUACCCCCAUGCGGCAAUAUCUGCUCUCGAGAAAAGACAUGCGUAGCAUGUCCUGCCAGGAUAUCUUUGAUCGGAGUCAAAGCACAGAACAUUGCACGGACAAGGACGUCGGUGUUAACGAGGAUUUUCGGUGUGCAGCAAAGUGUCUUUUUGCAGAUGCCGAUUCGCAGGCUGUAGGAUUGGCGGAGGCCAAGAUUUUGAGACGACUCCAUACAACUCAGGCACAGCAUCCAGGACGGCGACAUUUGGUCGAUUACUUUGGACUAUACGAUCAGAAAUCGAAACAGAGUAUACCGGCCACGGACAAUACUCAGCACGAUCUUGCGACAUCAAAUCAGAGCGAUGAGACACGGUGGGCGCUCUUGCUGGAGUAUUGUCAGCAUGGGUCCAUAUGGGAUUGGAUACGACAACAUCCAGAACAGGUCGGCUUUCAUCAGUGGUUGACAUGGGCGAUUCAGCUGCUGCAGGCGGUCGACUGUAUCCAUGAGGCGGGCCUCAUCCAUCACGACAUCAAGCCUCAUAAUAUCCUGCUUGACUCUUCAUUGAAUGCCAAACUGUCGGAUUUCGGCGCGGGUCUCUUCAUGGAACCAAGCAAGCCUGGCGAAGAGAUCGCAACGUCAGGUCAUCUCACAUUGGAAGAGGGACGGGGCCGGGGAACCCUUCCCUAUGCUGCGCCCGAGAUGUUUGCAUCGGCCGCCGGUGGAGGUCGUUACUCGCAAGGCAUUGACGUGUACUCUUUGGGCGUUUCGCUCUAUGUGAUCGGACUGACCGCCCAGGAGCCCUUCCACAAGCUGAAGAGUGUCAUGGAGAUGAUUGUAUGGAUCAAAAAGGGUGGUUUUUGGCUGUGGGAAGAUCAGGGCUGGAUCCACGACCGUGGCCCCAUCCCCAAGGUGACGUCCAGCAGCCGUCUUUCAACCUCUGCAGCACUCGCACAGGGCCAGGUGCAGGGCCAGGUGCAGGGCCAGGAAUUGAAGAGCAAGAAACAUGGUCUGACGCGUGCCUCGCGGUCGUCCUCCUCGUCAUCCAUUGGCGGUGGCGGCGCUCUCAUGCCAAACUUGCCACCGAUUAACACGCAGCUGUCCUUCGAUCGGGGUGUCUUGAGCCCAUUGUCGGCCUGCUCGGUCAACUCGCUUCCUGGAUCACAUCAGAACCCGCCGCCAAGGGAAAGUCCAUUGAUGCAUCCUGUUGCACCGGGCAACCAUUUCUUGCCGGGGUUCUCGCCCGAGCGACUGUCUCAGGCCUCGAAGCCCUCGACACCUGUCUCGCCGCUUCCUCUCCCUUCUCCAAUGGUGAGAUCGACGCAGGCGCAUCGAACGGCGACGGUAGCGACAGUUCGCAAGGACGAGCACCGCAAGAGCGGCGAGGUUGUGAUGAGAUUUUUGAACGGUGAGGUGGUCCAGCCAGAGGUGAUCAUGUUGCUCAAGGAGAUGUGUCAUCCGGAUCCGGAACAGCGACCGAAUGCCAAAACGGUCCUGGAACGCCUGGAGUCGAUGAAGGCUCAGCUAGAUAUGGAAGGGGACGAUGAUGUCGACCAAGAAGAGCACGAGGACAUGCAGAUGCUUUAG